AACAAUUUCACCGUUCAAAAAAAAAAAAAAAAAAGAAGCACCAUUAUUGUUCUUCCCUUCUUCUUCUUCUUCUUCUUCGUCUUCCUCCUCUUCAUUCUCUCUCUCUCUCUCUCUCUCUUUUUUCCUUGAUUGGGGGGUUUCUCUCUCUUCUCGGAACCCUGUGAGACCUGGAUUUGUGCCGUUGUGAGGGCCAGGUCUUGAAGGCCUCCGACCGCCCGUCAGAUCUCCUCCUCCCCUCAGCUUAGCCUGCCGGCCCGGGGAAAGGAGCAUCAUCCGCCAUUGCCGAAUCCCGUUAGCUCGUUUCUCUCCCCGGUGGCAGCGUUCUCGAUCGGCAGCUCAUUUCCAAAAUGAACGACCUUCUCUCGGAAUCCUUUGAGAUCCCUCGGGGUCAAGCUUCUAGAGGUGGAGAUAUUGAAUUAGGCAUGCAUGCCCCAAUGAACUCAGGGGAGCUUGGUUUAGAAAGCUUCUUUAAGAAGGUCACAGAAAUUGAAAAACAAAUAGGGAAGUUGAAUAACUUGCUAAAGAAAUUACAGGAUGCACAUGAGGAUUCAAAAGCAAUAACCAAAGCUGCUGCCAUGAAAGCAAUCAAGCAGCGUAUGGAGAAAGAAGUUGAUGAGGUUGGAAAGGUUGCUCGCUCUAUAAAAUCUAAGAUUGAAGAGAUUGAUAGAGAGAAUUUGACAAAUAGGCAGAAACCUGGCUGUGGGAAAGGUACUGCUGUAGAUCGAUCCAGGACUGCAACAACAAUUGCCUUGAAGAAAAAGUUCAAAGACAAGAUGGCUGAAUUUCAGGUCCUUAGGGAAAAUAUACAGCAAGAAAAUAGGGAGGUCGUUGAAAGGCGUGUAUAUACAGUGACGGGAACCAGAGCCGAUGAAGAGACAAUUGAUAGACUAAUCGAGACUGGAGAUAGUGAACAAAUUUUCCAGAAGGCUAUUCAGGAGCAAGGGCGAGGCCAGAUUAUGGAUACUGUGGCGGAAAUCCAAGAGCGCCAUGAUGCAGUGAGAGACCUAGAGAGGAAGCUUCUUGGUUUGCAACAGAUAUUUCUGGAUAUGGCCGUGUUGGUGGAUGCUCAAGGAGACAUGCUUGACAACAUCGAAACACAGGUAUCCAGUGCAGUCGAUCAUGUUCAAAGCGGGAACACAGCUCUUCAAAGGGCGAAGAGCCUGCAGAAGAACUCGAGGAAGUGGAUGUGCAUAGCAAUCAUCAUCCUUCUCAUAAUUGUGGUGAUCAUCGUCGUUGCAGUGCUGAAGCCAUGGAAUAACAAUAAGGGCGCAUAAACAAAGCUUCUGCUGGCUAGUCAAUGUAUUAUAAAUAGAAGAGCGACAUGCGAUUGAUAUUUGAUUCUCGAUGCAGUAACUCGUGUCGAUAUUUGCACCGUCAUGGAAAGACAUUUACUUGUUCAUAUUGGUGUGUUGUCCCAGUGUUCUUGAACGCAGAUUCUUUGGUAUGUGAUUUGGCGUGUAACCCAACUUCUUUGAAAUUAAAUUACAUAUAUGUAUUCUUUGCAGGU